UGAUAACAACAAAGUCAUUACGUGAGGUUUCCCCUCUGAAUAUUUUUUUUUCAUAACGCCCUUCAACUCUUUCUUAGCAAUUGAUAGAUAAACAUCAGCGCAGAACGGUAAAGCUUAUUCCUUUUUUUUUAAUUUCUUUUCUACUGAUAUAACUAUGACAACUUCAAAAUCAGUGGUAAUUGGUGUUUUGGCACUACAGGGAGCAUUUAGAGAGCACAUUGCUUACUUCAACGAACUAAUACAACAAAACCCCAAUGACUAUGCUGACUACGAAUUUAACAUCAUUGAAGUAAAAACCAAAGAAGAUCUCAGUCAAUGUGACUCGUUGGUAAUACCUGGUGGUGAGAGCACGUCAAUUUCAUACAUUGCUGAACGUACUCACUUAUUACCACAUCUAUAUGAAUUUAUAGCGGAUGAAUCAAAAAGUGUAUGGGGAACAUGUGCAGGAAUGAUAUUUUUAUCACGACAACUACUCAAUGGUAAGCUAAACCAAAAGAUAUUGGGUGGUCUUAAUGUUGAGGUUAGUAGAAAUGCAUUUGGAAGACAAUUGAAUUCUUUUGAACAACCACUUGAUUUUAGUUCGUUUAUACCUGGUUGUACCAAUUUUCCAACUGUGUUUAUCCGAGCUCCUGUUGUUACCCGCAUUUUAUCCAAUCCUGUACAUAGCCAAGAAGAAGACCACCAUAAACAAGGAGUAAUCAUGACUGAAAACCCUUAUGUUAAUAAUGCGUCGGUCGAAGUAUUGUACAGUUUAAAAAACUAUGACAGUCAGGAUCAUGACUUGAUCGUUGCUGUUAAACAAGGCCAUAUUUUGGGUAUAUCAUUUCAUCCAGAAUUAGCUGGAGAUUAUAGUUUCCAUAAAUGGUUUAUUGACGAGUUUGUAUUAAAGAGGAAGGUACAUAGUUAAUUAAUAUAGAAAUAAAAAAA